AUGUCUAGCCAAAAGCAGAUCGAUCCGAAGAAGCAACAGGAGCUUCAGCUUCAGUACACGAACUUCAAGAACACCCUCCAACAAUUGGCAACCAAGAUUGGCGAAAUUGAGCAGGAGCAAGAGGAGCACAAGCUUGUUAUUCAAACCUUGGAUCCCCUCGAAGCGGACCGUAAAUGCUUCCGCAUGGUGAACGGUGUUCUGGUCGAGCGCACUAUCAAGGACGUCCUCCCCACGCUCAAGACCAACGAAGACGGACUGAAGCAAGUGAUCGAGGACAUGCUUAAGCAAUACAAGACCAAGCAAAAUGAGUUGGAUAACUGGAAGAAAAAGAACAACAUUCAAGUUGUGCAGCCUUAA